AUGUUGGAGUCCAAGGAUGCAGUUCUCGUGGCUACGAGCAUAGUCCUUGCCGUAUCGACCAUCGUGUCAGUUUCGGUCGAGCUGGAGAGGCAAGCAACCACUGUCGGCCGCCUGAGCGCGAGCAAGUGUGAG